AUGCCACCAAGUGUGCCGCCGCUGCUCGGCCUCCACCCGCUGGAGCCGGCGCUCGCCGCCGCCGCCGACGCGCUGCACCGCUCCUGCCCCAGUUCCCCGCGCCGCGCCGUCCUCCGCCGCGCGCGCGCGCUACACGCGCUCCUCGCGGUCUCCGCCGCGCCCUCCGCGCGGUGGCCCACCACGUUCGUCGUCAACCAGCUCCUCGCCCUCUACGCCCGCCUCGCCGCGCUCCCGGACGCGCUCGCGCUGCUCCGCGCCACGCCGCGCCCCUCCGUCGUCUCCUUCAACACCGUCCUCUCCGCGCUCUCCCGCGGCUCCUCCCCGCGCCACGCGCCGCGCGCCGCCUUCCGGCUCUUCGCCCAGCUGCACGCGUCGGGGCUCCGCCCCACGGCGCCCAGCCUCUGCGCGCUCCUCCGCGCCGCCGGCGCGGCCCGCGACGGCCGGGCGGGCGCCGCGGCGCACUCCCAGGCCCUCGCGCUCGGCUUCCUCGCCACCGACAUCGUGCCCACCGCCCUGCUGCAGAUGUACUGCGAGUGCGGGGCGCCGGGGGACGCCAACCGGGUGUUCGACGAAAUGCCGACCCGGGACGUGGUGGCGUGGAACUGCGCGAUCCACUGCAGCGUGCGGUACGGCAACCUCGCUCAUGCCCUCCGCCACUUCCGCGAGAUGGUGCGGCGUGGGCUGGCGCCCAGCGAGAGCACGCUCUCGUCGGUGCUGAGCGGGUGCGCGCGCGCCGGGGAUAGCCGAGGGGGCCGCGCGCUGCAUGGAUGGGUGGUGAAGUCGGAUGAGCUGGAUCCCGACACUCCGCUGCAGAACGCGCUGCUGGGCAUGUACGCUGGCAGCGGCGAUCUGGGCACCGCGCUGCGUGUGUUCGACAGGAUCGAUUCACCCGACCUGGUGUCGUGGAACACUCUGAUCGCUGGGUUUUCUGGUGCUGGGGAUGGGUGGAGCGCCAUGGAUGCUUUCGUGCGGCUCAAGGACGCGCCGUUUGGUGAGCCGGUUGCCCCUGAUGAUUACACCUUUGCAGCUCUAGUGUCUGCAGCUGCUGCUUUGCCUGCAAUGCAAAGUGGAAUGCCGAUUCACGCUCAAGUGGUCAAAUCUGGGUUUGAGAGCAGCGUCUUUGUAGGGAAUACGCUGAUCAAUAUGUAUUUCACAAACGACAGGGCAGAGUCAGCGCGAGUUUUGUUUGACUCCCUUCCCGAGAAAGAUGUGAUUAUGUGGACCGAGAUGGUGGCGGGCCACUCUUCGUUGGGCGAAGGUGAACUGGCCUUGAAAUACUUCAUUAGCAUGCUUCAGGAAGGGUACAAGGUUGACAGCUUCUCUCUGAGCAGUGCUUUGAACUCCACGGCAGAGCUUGCAGGGCUUAAACAAGGAGAGAUGCUCCAUGCUCAAGUAGUAAAAAGUGGUUAUGAAGGGAAUAUCUGUGCCUCUGGAAGCCUGCUUGACAUGUAUGCGAAAAAUGGUGCUCUUGAAGGUGCGUAUUUAGUGUUCUGUACCAUACAAAAGCGAGAUUUGAAGAGUUGGAAUUCCAUGAUAGGGGGAUAUGGCAAUUAUGGGAAUUCAGAAAUGGCAUUUAAGCUAUUUGGUGAGAUGAUUCGUGAUGAGCUGCAACCUGACCAUGUAACUUAUAUCUCCCUCCUUUCUGCAUGCAGCCACUGUGGACUAGUUGAGAAAGGGAAAUUUUAUUGGUAUUGUAUGAUGACUGAUGGUAUUAUGCCAGGGUUCAAGCACUACAGUAGCAUGGUGAGUUUGUUGAGUAGGGCAGGUUUAUUGGAGGAAGCACUUGAUUUACUGAUGAAAUCCCCAUUUGCCAAGAAAUGCCCUGAGCUAUGGAGAAUUCUGCUAAGCUCUUGUGUAGCAUUAAAAGAUUUGUCCAUUGGUGUUCAUGCUGCCGAACAGGCACUAGAGCAAGACCCAGAUGACAUGUCAACACAUAUAUUGCUUUCAAACCUUUAUGCUGCUGCAGGAAAAUGGGAUGUUGUAGCUGAAAUUAGGAGAAAGAUCAGAGGAAUGGUGGUUGAGAAGGAACCUGGGCUGAGCUGGAUUGAGAUUAAAAAGAUGGUUCAUGUGUUCUCUGCAGAUGAUGAAUUCCACACCCAGAUAGACGACUGUCAUGAUGAGUUGCUUAGACUUAAGGGAAACAUGGAAUUGUUGGAUAGUUCUGAAAAGGAAUUGCUAUCAAGUGGCUAAUUUGCCAUGAACAAAUGUCAGUUAAUGAGCAUUUUGACUUGCAUUUCUUUGAGGACAGAUGGUUGACAAAACCCUGGUGUGAGCUGUAUUAAGCUUAAAAAUAUGAUUCUUGUCUUCUCUGCAGUGCUGAUGGUUGGAAAGGACCCCGAUGGUUGAAAAUGUAGUUGUGAAAAUGAGUUGUUCCCAAGUGGCGAAGUGCCAUGAACAGACUUCAGUUAAAAGAGAACUUGACUGCUUUCCAUUGUCCCGGCUAGUAAAUUGCUUUAUGGCACAACUUUGAAUGUAAAAGUUGAGCAAAAAAAAAAUGAGGUUUACUUAUCAAGACAAUCUCAAUUCAAGGUUCAAUUUAGAACUGUUAGGCGUUAGCACUUAGCAACGUAGGAUCAAAGAUUCAUUAUAGUCAAGCAGCAUCAAGCAUGUUACAUAGGUGGAAGUAACUCAUAGUGACGGAACAUAAGUCUGACUUACUUUUUUGGCCCAUCUAAGACUAGGUACAUACUAAGCAUUGGAUUGACCAGCUGACAAUUCUCAAGUCUGCUUUUAAAAAGGGAAAUAAUUUCAACAAAUUCCACAUUGCUACAGUGUUUCUUGCAUUAAUAUGUUUCUUUCAUUCGGUUUCACUCUGUCUGUGAUCAGCAGCAAAGUUUUAAGUUAUAGUUAUUUCUAGAACAGUGGUUAAGCAUUUUCCAGGUGUUCUAGUUGAUUCUUCGAUAGACAUGAACUCAUGAAUAUUGAAAAUUACUGGGCAAGGUAUCCCAGAGCUUACACUGGAAUUGUUCUAAUAGAACACUAACUGUUCAGCUUUAACUAAUGUCAUGAUGUUCCUGAGUUACCUGUCCCAGUUAAGAGCUCCCAAUCAGGUGAGCUGCCUGAGGUCUGAUUUUCUUCCUUUGUUAGUGAAAGCAUGCCAUUUAGACUUUAAUUCAUCAUUUGUUUCUC